GCGAGAAGGAGUGCCAGUCGUCAUCGCCCGAUUCCAAAUCAGGAUCAACUUCUCUUUGCUCGAGCAGCCCAUUGAGGUAGAAGUCAGCCAGGAGGGCUUGGAUCUGAACCAGCGACUGCAGCAGGCUUCCGAGCAUGGAGCCUAUCACGUCGUGGAGCGAGGAGAGAGUCGGCGAGUGGCUCCGAGGUCUGGAUGCCCCCCUGACUCAGUACGCCGUCUCUGAGUGGCGUUUGUCGGGUAUGGAUCUCCUCCAGCUGACCUGUCAAGACCUGGACAAGUUGGGCGUACAUAAGAUCGGCCACCAGGAGCUCAUACUGGAUGCUGUGGAGAAACUCUGCUCUCUGACGUAUGGCAUAGGAAGCGAGAACCUGCACGGUUUGACGGGGAAGUUGCGCGCCGUUUCCCAAACCCUGCAGAAGGGCAUCCAGGCCCGCUGGCGCCUCAACUCCUACGACGGACGCAGCACCACCCGGCUGCCCGCUGCCGUUCUGCAGAUCGUGGUGGAGCUCAUCACCUCGGCCAAAGGACUCUUCUCUCUGCUCAACAGGUAUCAGUUUUCCCAGCUCAGUGGUUACACCAACAGCAAGAACAUCUUCAACAAUUGCAAAGAGCUUGGAGACAUUGUCCACAAGCACGACACGCCUGUCUAUGAGAAGGAAAAGGACAUCAUAUCUGUAUGCCGUCAGUUGGUGUCAGUUUGCGAUGAGAUCCUGAAUUCCAGUCCCGACGGGCUUCUUACCCGCACUGCUCAGCUGGAGAGAGUGGACCUGGUGCCGGUGUCACCCGGGGAUCAGCUGGGUAUCGAAAUAUCAUCUACUGGCUCCAGUAACCACUUUGUGACUGGAACCGCUGUUGAGCCUUCAUCGGAGGCCUUCUUGAAAAUCUUAGCUGGGGAUGAAGUGGUUCAAGUAAACGACCAGAUAGUGGUGGGCUGGAGCAGAGCUAAUCUUGUGAAGAAGCUUCGGGAGAAUCCCAGCGGAGUGACUCUGGUCCUGAAGAAGAUUCCUGGGUUGGAGCGACGCAGAAACACAGUCCGGCUCUCCUCCACACAGACGGAGGAAGAAGAGCGGUCAGAGGAGGAAGAGGACGAGGAGAAUCCGAGGCACUCCAUAUUUGACAGGGUAGCAGCGUCGGUCAGGUCCCUGUCUUUCAGGAAAGCCGUACACGGUCCAGAGAUACACCAGCAGCCUAUGGGACAGGAAGAGUUCUUUUCUGACCGGCAAGUGGUGGGGAGAUCGACUUCAUAUCACGGCCAACAGGGGGGGCUGUCCCCAACGGCAGCCUCGGCGGGGUUACAGAGUUUGGAAAGCUCGAGGCUCUCCCCAGGACUAAGACGGGACCGCUCUUCGUCACCCAGAAGUCCUUCUCCCUUUACAUUUGGCUCAUUGAGAAGUCCCUCACCUCAGGGACUCGAGCAGGAAACAGCCAGCAUCAGCUCCUGCCCUGAAAUGGUGGGACACACGGGCAAUAAGGAAACAAAGAGGAGUACUACAAAAGGAAUGUCGACCGCCAUGAGCCGGCGCCGGGUGUCCUGCCGCGAGCUCGGUCAACCCGACUGCGACGGCUGGCUGUGGAAGAAGAGGAAGGAGAGCCACUUCAUCGCCCAGAAGUGGCAGCGCUUCUGGUUUGUCCUCAAGGGGCCUUCCCUUUAUUGGUACACCAGCCAACAGGAUGAGAAGGCAGAGGGUUUUGCCAAUAUAUCCAGCUACAGCAUAGAGAGUGCUGGAGAGCACAAGAGAAAAUACGUAUUUAAAAUGUGCCACCAGCGAUUUCACAACUUCUUCUUUGCAGCUGAUAAUGUCACCGACAUGAGCAAGUGGAUUAACUGUCUGAUCACGGCCAUACAGAAACAUAAGAAGUUCAACACAGGCCCAGAUAGUGAAGAAGAAUGUUACAGUGAGACUGAAUCAGAAAGCGAGACAUCGCCUUCACCCCGCAGAAGAAACAAGGUGGCUUCAAAAGUGCAGUCCCACACGCUGCCGCGCCCCAAGGGGAAGACGGCCGCGUCAGUAUCGAGUCUGGUGACAGGGGGCAGCAAAGGAUCAGCAGGACCAGUGGAUGAGAUGGGCAUGAUGCUAAACAACAUUAAGGAAGGAGGAGUCUCUCUGAUCGGACAAGAGCAGCCAUUCACACACGACCACUUCAGGAAAUCGUUCAUUCGACGCAACAAGAACCCCAUCAUCAAUGAGAAGGUGCACACGCUCCGAACCAAGCAGAGCACCCUGAAGGCCAAAGAGGCGGAAUUGCUGCAGAUCAACAAGCUUCUAGAGGACUCUAAUCUCUCAGCCUCGACUUACCGCCAGUGGAAGGAGCAGAACGAGGAGCUACUUCAGGAAAUCGAGAGAACCUACGCACUCGAGGCCGCCAAAGAGGCGGACGGCACGGCUUUGCAGGACCCUCCCACGGAGGCGGUUGCCUUGGAAACCGUCGUCAAGGAAACACCCGCCGGAGAGUUCGAAGGUGCAUACAGACUGAGCCUCAGCGACGGGGAGCAGUUGGUGGACGCAGAGCCGUCUGACGUCCUCCUGGAGAUCCCACCGGGUUCACCGAGCGCCAGUCCACAGUUGGAACUCUCCCUGGGAUCGCUGCAGGACUCAAUAAACAAACAGCUGACUGAAAUGCUGGAGAGCGGCGAACCCGCAGAGAACUACUUCUACAUCUGACGAUGGAAAAGUCACUAAAAAGUUGUUUUUUUUACUGGAAUCGGUGACGUGGAAGACUUUUUUCAUGCAACCAGUGGACAGAGCUUCAAUUCACUGAGUCCCCUGUUGUCUGUGAAAACCAUUGAGUGCAGAUUUAGGACUAGACAACCAAAUACUACUAGUCUACAAGAGAAGAGAACAAUAUGCCAAGUGUAAAUCCCAGUAUGUAUUUAUAAUAUUCUAAGGCCGUCUGGUUCUUCUGAUGACGGCAAAAAGAACUUCUCUUAGGAUUAAAUGAGAAUGUUAAUAUAAGUCAUGCCUUGUGUACUGUGAUUUGUAAAUACAGUUCUACUAUAAAUCCUGUAUGUAUUUGAUUAUUGACGUUGCCUUAAUAAAAGGCAAACAUUUGAAAUAUUUUGCAGAAAAUUUGCUUUAGAAAUACUGUCGCAUGUGUAGAGGAUUUGGAAGAGACAAAAGAUUAUAAAUGCCUUACUUUAGUGCACAUA